AAACUGCCCCGUGGCGGCUGGCGCCGGGCGGCCGGGCGGGCGCAAGGCCAACGAUCUCGACGGGUAUCGCAAUUCGUCAAGGUGACGCCUGACGGCGGACCGGCCGGUGGGGGCGGUGCCGCGGCAGAUUACACGCAUUGGGACGAGAAGAGCGGCAGUGGUGUUGGACAUCAGCAACGCCAUGGUAUCUCCUCAGACGCGGCUCCUAGUGCCGCUGGUUCUAGCUGUGGCAGCUGCCGAGGCGGGCCGCGUGCUCAUGAUGGCUCCCCUCGGCGGCAAGUCUCAGAAGCAGCUCUUCUACGGACUGGCUGAUGGACUCGUGGAACGGGGGCAUGAAGUCGUGUUCUUCAAUGCGUUCAAACCCUCGAAACCGGUGAAGGGCGUCCGUGAGGUUGUUCCCGAGGAACUGGCCAAGGUGUUGUCGGACGAGAACUUUCCCAACGUGCUUAAAAUGAACAAGGAAGGAAUGUUUCAUGCCGGCUUCAGUCAGUUCCGUUUCAUGUUUGUCGACGGCCCUAAAACCGCCAUUGCCAGCAAGGAAGUGGAUGAGCUGCUCAAGGACGAAUUCGACGUCGUGGUCAUGGGAACGUUAAGUUACCCGCUUUACUUUGUACCCUAUCUCAUGCAGAAGCCGUUUAUUCUACUGACAGCUGUGUCAUACAUGCCUCUGCAAACAAGUACCGUGGGGAAUCCGACAAUCCCUUCCCUACAUCCGUUGCCUCUUCUACCAGUGACGCCAGAGAUGGGCUUCUUUACCCGCGUCAAGAAUGUCAUAGCCCAUAUCGUCAUGCUUUCGCUGGGGAAGAUGGUGUUUGCCCCCUUCUGUGACCGGUUGGUUGCAGAGAAGUUCGGAGAUGGUGUCAUCCCUCCGGCUUUAGAGAUUGAGAAGAACGCCAGCCUCGUCCUGUUGAGCAGCAACCCUGCCGUACACUAUCACCAGCCCUUGUUGCCAAACACAAUCCAGGUGGGAGGCAUGCACUGCCUGAAGCCCAAGCCGCUUCCCAAAGAGCUGACUGAUUUCCUGGGCGAUUCCGAGUUUGUCUACUUCAGUUUGGGCUCAGUAAUAAAGCCUCAGGACAUGUCCCUGGAGCAGAAGGCGGCCAUCCUUGCCGCGCUUGGCUCUCUGCCUUACAAAGUGCUACUCAAGUGGGACACCACGGACCGCACCGGCCUGCCCGCCAACAUCCUCCCCUCCAAGUGGCUGCCGCAGCAGGACAUUCUCGGCAGCAGCAAGUGUCGGCUGUUCAUCUCGCACGGCGGCUUCGCGAGUGUUCUGGAGUCGCUCUGUCAUGGAGUACCGCUGGUCACCAUGCCCGGCUCGGGGGACCAGCAGUUCAACGCCGUCAACGCCGUGUCUCUGGGCGUGGCCGAGCUGCUCUCCUGGGACGAGCUGACGGCGGAGAGCCUGCGCUCGGCCAUGGCGGCGGCGCUGUCGGCCGAGCGGCUGGCGGCGGCCCGCCACCGGCAGCGGCUGAUGGCCGAGCAGCCGGUGCCGCCCCGUGACCUGGCCGUCCACUGGGUGGAGCACGUCAUGCGCCACGGCGGCGCGCCGCACCUGCGCUCCGUCGGCGCCGAGCUCAACUUCUUCCAGUACUACUCGCUGGACGUGCUGGCCUUCUUGCUGGCCGUGCUGCUGCUGGCACUGAAGCUACUGAUUGCCAUGCUGAAGUGCUGUUGUCGCUGUGUGUGCAUUCGGAGGACGCGUCGGGUGCCCGCCGAGACGAAACCCAAGGCUAAGCGAGCCAAACGCGACUAGCCCGCGACAAAAGUAAUGCUGAGUAGGUAUAUGCAUGGAUUUUAUGCAGAUGCUGUAGUGCAAACCGCUGUCUUCGGUUGAACAUUUGUUUCUUUGAAAGAAUGACCAGGGUAAUUCACAGGGUCAAGACAAGAAGUUGCAUGUCCACUUCUAUGCGCGUGCCGCGUGAAUUUUGUGUGUUUGUGUGUGAAUGUGUGUGAGGGGGAAGAGAAGAUGUUCCUGCACUUAUCUACUAUGUGCGCAAAUUAAUAACCCAGACUCGAGAGUCUUUCUAGACUUUACUGCAUUGCGUGAAGGCGGAAGAAGGCGCUAGGCCUUGGGUUUCAAUGAGGGCUGCGCGCUGUAUGCAGGAGUUUUGCAUGGAAUGAUGGAACACAUCCUACAGGUAAAUCGAUAUCAUAAUUUCAAUAUAUGUUAUUAUGUAGGCAUGUACUGUAGGUAGGUACUUAGCGACGGUGAUGAUUGAAUGAAUUGGAAGACUAUGUCGACUGAAAUGUUGCCUAAAAUAAACUGCCAUCUCCCAA